AUGUUCCAGGGCAGUCCAAAUGCAGACCCUAGUGAGCGCUACGACUGGGCUGCGAUAACAGUCCAACAGUGGAUGCUGCAUUUUGGAAAUGUAUUCCCGGGUGACACAGACCCUAACGGCGUGACUGCCUUGGAGUGGGUCAUAGGUCAAGGAUCAACCGACAUAUUUCUCUAUUUAUUCCAGAUCUGGGAAGACCAGAUAUUGAAUGGAAAUUACCAUGACUCUUGGUUCUAUGAGGCGCACGAUACGAUUGCCAACACGCCUUCUCUACCCGAAGAGAAGAUGCAAGUACUCACUCGCAUCUUGUCUGCUGGCAAAUGGACCGUAAAUGCCAGUCAAACCCCGCUACAUGAUGCCCUUUGCAGGGGUGAUUUCGACGCCGCCUUUCAGGCUGCUGAAGAUUUCAGUUGGGCCAUCAACCAGCGGAACUACGAAGGCAACACGCCGUUACACGUCGCUGCAACACAAGGUCAUCUCAAUAGCGUCAAACACCUCGUACAUCUAGGGUGUGAUAUCAACGAGGCUAACUGGACGGGCUGCACUGCUCUCAUGCUUGCUUCCGAGGGCGGUCACGUUCUCACGGUGCAAUACCUGAUUGAUGCUGGCAGCCGGUUGAACGUCACUAACAGGAGGGGCGAUACUGCAAUGAUGGUUGCUUCCAUGGCGGGGCUGCAGUGCCAUCCACCACCUUACGUCGUCUGGCAAUAA